CAAGUUAGUAGUUACUCAUUAGCCAUGAGAGUGUUAAGAAGGCACGUCUUUCGUAAUCUUUAUAUCUUGUUCCUUUUGCUCUUGUUUUGUUAUUAUUUACACAAAACCCACCCGACGAAUUUGGGAGAGGAAGAGGACUGGGAGCACGUCAAGAAAAAAUUAGUCUCUGAGGCUGACAUACAAAAUGCCGCCGCCGAUGACACCAGAAGCGAAGAUAACCAAGUUAUUAACAGUUUGGGCCCCAAAUUCCCGGACACGGGCAUUAUCCCGGGACUGCCGCAGAGGAAGAAAGAUUGGCACAACUAUACCCAGAUGGCCAUUGAGAGCGCCCGCAAAGGCCCUGGCGAGCAGGGGACUGCCCACAAGCUGCGACCUGACCAAGAGGAGGAAAAGAGAGAGCUGUUUGAAACAAACGGCUUCAACGCUUUGUUAAGCGAUCAACUGUCCCUGGAGCGGUCACUCAGAGACAUUAGGGAUCCAAAGUGCAAAGAUUUCCUGUACAGCGAAAAGCUCCCGACCGUCAGCGUCGUCAUCCCUUUCUUCGAGGAGCACUGGACGACUCUCCUGAGGACCGUGGUGUCCGUUGUGAACAGGUCACCCAAGGAGGUCCUGAAGGAGAUCAUCCUGGUGGAUGACGGAAGCUUUAUGCCGAGCAAAGAGUUCUUACGAGCGCCCCUAGACGCAUGGCUGAAGGAGCACGUUCCAUUCGGCAAGGUUAUCCGCCUCCCUGAACGAGUGGGUCUCAUCAUAGCCCGUCAGGAGGGGUGCAAAGUGGCCACAGGGGACGUCAUCGUGGUGCUUGACUCCCACUGCGAAGUCAUGACCAACUGGUUGCCUCCGCUUCUCGAUCCCAUUGUGGAGAACUACCGCACGGCCGUGUGCCCCCUCAUCGACGUGAUUGACCAGGAGACCUUUGGGUACCAUAUUCAAGACAAUGGCGGAAGAGGAGCCUUUGACUGGAAGCUCUUCUACAAGAGAAUUCCCCUGGGCCCCAAGGACAGAGAUAAACUGCCAGAACCAUUUGAGAAUCCUGUCAUGAAUGGCGGACUGUUCGCAAUAAGCCGAACCUUUUUCUGGGAGCUCGGUGGCUACGACCCCGGUUUAGCUAUCUGGGGCGGAGAGCAGUAUGACCUCUCCUUCAAGAUUUGGCAAUGUGGGGGUCGAAUGUUAGACGCUCCGUGUUCUCGAGUAGGUCACAUAUUCCGACACGCUCCGAAGGGAAGGCCAUCGGUCAAAGGGGACUAUCUUAGUAAGAAUUAUAAAAGAGUCGCCGUGGUGUGGAUGGACGAAUAUGCUGAAUCCCUUUACAGGAAAAAUCCACAUUUACGGGAAGUUGAUGCUGGCGACGUAUCAAGGGAACUCGAGAUCCGCAAAAAACUAAAAUGCAAAAGUUUCAAGUGGUUUUUAACGGAAGUUGCACCCGAUUUGCUAGAGAAAUACCCACCUGUUGAGCCACCAGAUUUUGCUAAUGGCACUAUAAAAAGUGUGUCAUCACCAUCUUUAUGUAUGGAUAAUGGUGGGAAGGAGUAUGGUGACGUUAUUCUUUAUCCAUGCCAUGGGGGUUACUCUCAGUACUUUUCUCUGUGCUGGAGGCAAACCAUAAGGACCCACAGUGAGCAGUUCUGCUGGGCUGUUCCCCCAUCCACUGGGAGACCACCGAGCAUGACCAAUUGUCGAAACUCUGAGCACGUUCCUUCCAUGACCUGGAGAUAUGACCCGGAAACUCAGGUGAUACAAUGUGAAAGCAAUCGAUGGUGUGUAGAAGCUGUGGGUGAAUCACAGUCCCUGAAAAUGGCUGUCUGUGAUCCUAACAAGAAGGAACAGAAGUGGGAGUAUGCGGUUGUUAACAAGAAAAAAAUUGCUGAAGAAUUCCCUCCAUUUGGUGACAGGGAAGCACUAUGAUCUGACAUCAUUAAUAGUAAAGAUACAGUGUCAGUUUGUAUGACUUGUUUUCUGAGGUGCGGAACACUUUGUUCUAGUUGACGAAAUUUGAAUAAGGGAGUUAUUUAAUUUCUAAAAUUUGAAGAAUGUGCCAUUUACUAGAAUUUGUUUUAGGAAAUUUGGAAACUAUAAAUGUGUUUUGUAACUAAAGACAUGGCUUUAAUGAAUGUCUUGCUAGUUGAAUGAUUGUGACAUCCAUAAGUGUGUUUAUAGAAAUAAACAUUUUAUAUGAGUAACGCGGGGUGAUUUUAAAGUUGUUAUAAAGGAGUCACAUAGCUUUUAUGACUGAAUCUUCUCCGACAAAUUCUGUUUUAUUCAGAUACAGUAGAAUCAGUUCUUUGUAUGAAGAUUUAUGAGGAAUGGAAAUAUAGUUUAGGAGGUGAUAAAUUUUUUCCUUUCUGACAGUAUGAAAUCCAAAACAGUAUGUUAAUUAGUUGACCCUAAUUCUUUACAUUUUCUUUCUUUGUCAUAAACUAUUGCUACUUUUCUGCAGAAGCUAUUUUGGUACCUUCUUUUCUCUCUUAUCUUCAUAUAAUGGCAUUUAAUUCUGAGGAAGGUUGCCUUGCAAGUCAGUCCAUUAUUUCAAGUGGAUACUAUUUGUUUAUUUUGAAUAAUAUGACAUCAGUUUACCUGUAUGUACCUCCAGGCUGUGACAUUCUCUUCAUGCUCCUGUUUUCCUCUGAUUUGUAUAGUCCUUCCUUUUAAUGAUGGAGCCUGUCGUUUCUUGCCGAGUUGCACUGUGUUGUUGUAUCUUCUCGCUUUCAUCCUUAGGUCUGAAUGGAAAAAGGCAUUCAAGGUUAUCCUUGCUGUUAGCUUUCAUGAUCAAGAAAAUACUGUAAUAUGUUUAAGGAAGGCAAAGAAGUAUUUUUAACGACAGAGAUAAAUAUAUUCUUUAAUAGUUUCUGAAGAAAAUAUAUGAAAUGCGGUUGACCUGCAUUCCCCAGUUGAUCAGAAGGGACUAAGCAUAAAUUGUUGGCUGUUGAGCAAUUUCAACUUCAUGGAGAUCAUUUUCAGUACAAACAUGUGGGCAAUGUCUAAUUAUCAGUAGAUAGUAUUAGAUUUUAUAAAAGUGUCCAUUCAAUUAGUACGUGACCAAGGGAUAGUUUCACUUUAUUUUAUUUCGCUCAUCAUUUGAAAGAUGAGUAUAUUUAUAUAAAGUACUAUGUUAUUGCGACAGAAGCCAGGCAUUCGAGAAAGGAUGAAUGGCUAUAUUUAUUUGUACAUUUGUUGUAGUAAUUUAUAAAUGCAGUAGUUAUACUUAUUUAUUAGCAUGUAUUAUCUGUUACAAUGGGUGACGAGAUAUAUGCUUGGUUUUCUCAUGCAGUAAUUGACUUUCUUAUGUCUACUUUGUUUCAUUUAGUGAUAUAUGUUGUCUAGUCAAAACAGUACUUAUAAAUAUACAAUGUUGGAAUAAUAGUUGUGCAGUCUUUUCCAGAAAAACACUGCUUCCUUUCUUUUGUUGUAUCACCUUGAAAGCUAUACAAAUGGUGACGUAAUUGGUUCCAGUUUUCUCCUUCAAUCUUGUUUUUUUAUUUUGCGUUGAAACUUGUUCAUUUCUGUUUGUUGAUUUGACCUAACCGAUUGCAGAGUUAUAAGUUGUGCACAUGACUGUGGUUAAUAACUUUACUUUUAAUAUGUACAUGUAUGUAAUGUUUUAUUUUAUUAAAGAGAAUGGGUGUAAGAGAUAACAGGACUUUUGACAGUAAAUCAUCUGGAUAGGUUCAUUCUUGUAGUUGUAUAAUGUCAGUUUAUCAAAGAUUAUUCUAUUUAAUGUUUACCAUUGCUUAUAAUGUAAAUAUAUCAGUUAAAAUCUCUAGGAGCACUUUAUUGAGGGUGAUAUUGCCCUCAUGAUUUUGUUUUUAAUGCAAUAUUUAGUCUUGAGUCCAUACACAUAGCUUGUCCUAUUUCUUUUGUUAAUUCACACAUGAAAUUUUUUGAAGGCUAUCCUUCUCCACUGGUGAAAUUAAGUGUUUAGGAUGAUUAUUGUGAGAUGUUUUAGACUGAAUAAGUAAAUUGUCGAGUAUUCAAUCCUUAUGUUUCCAAUUUUAUUUCUUUUGUCCUGGACUGGUGUUUGUGAUACAUAUAACCUUAGGAUGAAUUACUUUGUCCUAUUGCAAUCAUUGCUGUGAUUUAUUGUACAGUUUUAUGUGUUUGAUAGUAAAAUGUAUUUUGAUUGUCA